ACAAAAUAAAUUUUUGGCAUUCAGAAUUAAAAAAGAAAGUACCGAGUGCAGUGCAACAAAAAACCUAAAAAUUUAUUUCUAUGCCAGGUCCCAGGAAAAUUUGACCAUCAUCAGCUGAUGUAUCACUACUUUUAGGAUAUUAUUGAUUAACUAGCAGAAUAUUUGGUAUGAAUUAAGUCAAGUAUUUAAAAUUCUCAAUGUGUGGUAGGAGAUGAAAAAAUAUUUGAUGUAUUGUGAGAUUGAUUUUUUCAUGAGCCAUAUUUUUUAUUCACUUUUUAAUUUAAAAAACAGAAAUGGAUCUGGUUCCAAUUGUUUUCCCAAAAAUUAAUGUUGAGCCAAAUGCACAAAAUACUGCUAGUAAGAAGAAAAGACAGAGAAAGAAACCUAAAGAGAAAAAAGCAUCCAAUUCGCAGGAUGGUGCCGAAGGAGAAACUUCAAAUGCAAGUGGGACCAAAAAGUCUAAGCAGAAAAUUAAACCAGAAAAUAAUAAACCUUCAACUUCCUCUCAACCUGUUAACCAAGGUUGUGCAACAUCAGUCAGUGCAAUCAAACUGAACAAAAAAAACAAAACAGUGACAGAAGAAACGUUUAGGGCUGCAGUAUUACCUCCACUGAUGUCCAUUUCUAUUGACAAUACCGUAAGAAUGGAUAUUUCUAACAACACUAAUAAAAAAGCUUCUAAAAAAACUCAUUCAUACUACGGCCAUUCUUAUGGGGGCCUUUCAGUUUUUAAGAAUUUGAAAAAACAAGGCUCAAACAUUUGGAGUCCACCAAAGAUAGCUACUGAAAAAAAUAGUGAUUCUAAUAACGAAGUUAUCUCAACAAACAACUUCACUUUUGACAUUGAAAGAAUUCAUAAACCUUCAACAGGACAUUUCAUUCGUAAAAGAUCAUCAAAUAAACAUGUAAAACUUCAUACAUUUGGUCCUAAAUUUCCAGUUGUAUUCCAUAGUCAUUGCACAGAACAAGACCCUGAAAUAACCAUGGAUAGGUUACGUGAGAAAUUUGAUAAUAUCGGCCUGAAUUCUUCUAUCAUAAGCAACGAUUUAGAUACAAGUUUUCAACACGAAAAUCAUUCAUUUAUGAUAGAUGCAACUGUAAACACUACUAAUGACUUCAAUACCACAAAUUCAGAUAGUUUGAACGAAAGUUCUAAAUCACAAAAAAAACCUAAGAAAACGAAAAGAGCUCAGAUAAAACUGAAGAAAAAGAAUGUCAAGAGGGAAUUGUGCUAUCCGGAGUUUAUGCAAUUGGAAGAGGUUAAUGAAGGAUUGAAAAAUGGUUCAUUGGUUAAAGGCAUGAUUAGGAUUAAUCCCAGGAACUAUAGGGAAGCUUAUGUUUCUAGUAUAACUAGGGGUGACACUGAUUAUUUCAUCAAAUCCGUAUUGGAUCAAAAUAGAGCUUUGGAGGGAGAUGAGGUAGUUUUGAGGAUAAAACCAGAAACAGAGUGGGACGGAGGAAGAAAAACGGCAUCUGUGGUAUACAUUUCUAACAUGGUUCAUCCCAGAACCACCGUAGGAAAACUAUCGCCACUUCCCAACAACGAAAAUUUUGCAGCGUUCCUACCCAGAGACAAGAGGUUCCCUUACGUUUACAUACCAACGAUAAGCUGGCCGCAGGGCUUCAAAACCAACCCGAGAAACUUCGACAAAAACCUGUUUCUCGCUAAAAUAACAGAAUGGACCAACCUGGAAUACGCCAGAGGACUGAUAAUAGAGAACAUAGGCGUUUCCGGCGACUUAAAAAUCGAAAAUUUGGCUAUCAUGAAGUACUGCGGACUGGAUUAUGAACCUUUCGGCAAUGACGUAUUGAAGUACCUACCAAAGACUGCAGAUCUGCAGGACGACUGGCUGGUAGGAAGGGAGGACCUGAGGAAAGACUGUAUCUUCACCAUCGAUCCGUUGACUGCUAGAGAUCUCGAUGAUGCUGUGUCGUGUAAGACUCUACCCGAUGGGAACUUCGAAAUUGGAGUGCACAUCGCAGAUGUUACUUUCUUCCUCAAAGAAGGAACCGACCUGGAUAAACAAGUAGCUUGGAAAGCUACAACUAUAUACAUGGUGAACAAUGUAUACCACAUGCUCCCAGUUGAAUUAUGCAUGAACUGUUCUCUCCUCCCAGGCAAAGAUAGGCUCUCUUUUUCAGUCUUCUGGAUAAUGACACCAGAGGGAGAGGUACUGAGCACCCGUUUUGCUAGAACUGUGAUGAAUUCCUGCGUCCAAUUGGCCUACGAGCACGCUCAAGCUAUAAUCGAAGACCCUGAUAACUUCGACAGAUCCUCUUUGCCAAAAAUCACCAACGGCUAUAACGUGGAUGACGCCAAGGACGUCGUACUUAAACUGUAUCAAAUUUCCAAGAUAUUGAGAAGAAAGAGGUUCGAAAAUGGCGCUCUUAGGAUUGACCAGGUCAAGCUAUCCUUCGAACUAGAUCCUAAAACUGGUUACCCCGUGAGGUAUUUCGUGCAGGAGUUGAAGGAGUCCAAUAGACUAAUUGAAGAAUUCAUGCUGUUGGCCAAUAUAUCUGUGGCGGAGAAGAUACUCGAUCGAUUUCCUGACGUUGCGUUCUUGAGGUUACACGAGCCACCCAAGUUGAACAUGUUGGUAGAACUGAAGAGGGCUUUGGAGUCUGUCGGGAUUCACGUUGACAUAACAUCCGCCAAAAGUAUACAGAGCUCUCUAUUGAGAUAUGCGUCGGACGAUGAAGCGGGAAAAAUCAGAUCAGUUGUGCUCAAUCAUCUGUUCGCAAAGCCAAUGACACGGGCCCGCUAUUUCUGUCCAGCAGUUGAGGUGGCUGCCGAAUCCUUCACUCAUUAUGCACUAAACGUGCCCUUAUACACCCAUUUCACCUCACCUAUAAGACGUUACGCUGAUGUUAUGGUCCAUAGACUACUUGCAGCUAGUUUAGGUCUAGCAGAGAAACCGAAAUUAAGCUCUGAGGAAGUGGCAGAAGUCGCAGCAAGGUGUAACCUGAUCAAAUAUAAUGCCAAAAAAGCUCAAGAAGAGAGUAGUCACCUAUACCUGUGCCAUUAUAUUGUCAAAAACCAACCCUUCAUUAGAGAGGCAGCUGUGGUGGAAGUUAGGGAACGAAGCUUUGAUGUGAUAGUUAUGGAAUGUGGCGAAGUUGUGAGAGUUCAUCUACAUGAAGUGGAAGGCGCUUCUUACGAGGUUGAGGAUAUAACAAAUAUCGACCUAGAUUCUGAUGAAAGGGAGCAAGAAAUACAAAAAAAAUAUUGGAGGAUAACGUUAUCAUAUCCACCCACGAAACAAUAUCCAGCUGUCAUGACCGUAAUUGAAAUGUUCACCUUAGUGAGAGUUCUAUUGAAAAAGUGUCAAAAAACUCAAAAAUUGGUAGCGAGAUUAGUUAGACCGAAUUCCUGAUACAUGAUAAUGGUGCUGAAAUUCAUUUUUAACAGUUUUGUUUUUAUAUUUGUAAAUAAAGUACAUUUUACAUGAGAAACAAAUACAAGUAUUAAAACUUCAAAUAUU